CUGUGGCUCUGUAUGUCGUCAGCCCCCGGAACAGCCAUUGACGGAUAUAUAUAAAACGGAAAGAGAGAGAGAGAGAGAAAGUGAAGGAAUGAGUAAUGGAGGAUAGCAAUAAGCUGGAGAAGCAAAUGGCAGUAGCAGAAGCUGCAUCCAAUCGGAAUUCAAUGGAAAACCCUAACACCUCGGGCCGGCCGGCUCUUCCUGAUAACAAAGUUUCCUCGAUUAGCAGAGAAGAAGGAGAACUCAGCGCCUCCGAUGACGACGAAAAUCAACAUCUUAGCUCCACUUCUCUAUUCGCUGGUGUCAAUACUGCUCAAGUAAAGCCCAUGGAAGUUGAGUUGGUUAAGGAUUCUCAAGGUGUUGAGGCAGGAAGGCAUGUGUCUUCUAAGCCAUUGGCUAGAUUAAGUUCACAAGCUUCUCAUGAGUCAAAUUGCAAUAAGAAUUCUGAUAAGAAUCGAGGCUCAUUUGUUCCAUUCCUAAUAAGUUUUUCAGAUGAUGACAGUGGCAGCGACUCUGGAGAUACUAGACAGAGAAAGAUUUUGGCAACAGAAAGCAGGAGCCUAUCUCUAGAUAAAAGUAGGAAGCCACCACAAGCAGCAGUUGCUGUACGAAGACCUCAAAAAUUAGAGAAGGUGAUGAGAAAUGAGGCAAAAAUGACAAGAAAAAUGCCCCAUAGUCACACAUUUGUUUCUUCAUUGCCUAAAAUCAGUGGGACCACUUCUAAAAGUGGUGGAUCAUCACUAAAUGUUAGGAAUCGUAAUAACUUUAAAAAGACAACUGGUCCAUCUCUUGUACGUAAUACAAAUGCCAUCUUGGACAAUAGUAAACUACAAGAUUUACGCCAGUUGAUUGCUGUUCGGGAGAAUGAAUUGAAGCUUAAGAGUGCCCAGCAAUCCAGGAAUGUUAGCUCAACUAAAUGUAGGGAUCCUAGUGUUACAGUUACAAGCAAUGCCAUGGCAAGUGCGCGUAGAGCCACUGAUGGAGAAAAUCUGCACCCUGAAUUAAAAGAACCUAGCAACAAACUCCAAAGGAUCAGUGAAGAUUGUUCAAGCCAGAUGGUUGAGAAUGUCCAAGUCAUAGAUACAGCAUUAGCAUCAGGAAAGUCUAUGUUAGAAAAUUGUGGUCAACCUGGUCAAUGUGAUCGAAACAGUUGUAAUGAAAAAUUUCCCUCAGGGGAACCUUGCACAGGCCUUGGUUUAAACCACAGUGAAAAUGAGAAUCAUGGUUCUAUUGUUUUGACAAAAUUAGCUUCUGGUACAGAUGUAGUCACAAGUCGAAAUCAAAGUGGAUGGAAAACAAACCUGAGGGAUCGUGUGAUGGCAUCAGAACAAGCUGCAGUUGCCAAUAAAUCAAGUGAAGUGGAGUUGAAGGAUCCUACAAAGCUUAGUAAUCAAUUCGCCCCUGAGCAUGCUGGCAAGAGUUUAACAGGAAGAAGUGGUAGUCUUCAAGUCAGAUCUAAUGAACAGCCACUUCAACUUGCAACACAGGAUCUAAAUCAGAAUAUUCAACUCCUUCCAAGCAACUUAAGACAGGCAAACAUUUCUGGAAAUAGCAGCAUGGACUUGCAAUCAUUGUUGGAUAUGGAGGAAUUGCAUGAUAAGGAUCUUGAGGAGGCACAGGAGUAUCGGCACAAGUGUGAAAUUGAAGAAAGAAAUGCCCUUAAAGCUUAUCGAAAGGCUCAGAAAGCCUUGAUCGAGGCAAAUGCUAGAUGCUCUGCUCUAUUUAGUAAAAGAGAAAAAUACUCAGCACAGCUUCGAGUUCUUAUGAUAGAGAAUCCAGAUGUACUCUUUUCCACUGGAUCUCAACUAGCAACUGGAGGGGCUUUAAACCCCUCAACCACUUCUGGUGCUAAUAUGCCUUUGAUACCCUCAUCUUGCUGUCCUGCACAGCUUGCUUUCAAUGGUCAUGAUGUGGACUUCCAUUCUGGUUUUGAUGCCCCUCAAAAUGUAUCAGAUAGGCAUGUUGAUAGGGAUAAAUUGGCUUCUGAUCCCUUUAGUGAGCCUGAUGUUAGUACAUCUGAGCUUAAUAAAGAAAAUCAUGAAGCACAUGGCGUUUGUUUACAAUCUGAUGAUGCUAGUAUGUCUAUGGAGGAGGAAGAUGCGUAUAGAAAAUCUCCUCAGAACAGUUCAGAAUAUCAAGGGGAAGGGACAUUUGGUGUGGCUCAGGAAAAGGAGGUAAACAAUGGAUCAGGAAGGCAAUUAUUUACUGAUAGCUCUCAGGAUUCUUUGUUACUUGAAGCAUCUUUGAGAUCUCAGCUCUUUGAAAGGUUAAAAAUGAAAACUUUGCCUAAGAAAUUGGACCAAAGUCACAGUGUGGAGCCUAUGACUGAGAGUAUGUUAGAAGUUGAUGUUGGGCAAAGGAUGGGAAUGAGUUCAGGCAACAUAUCAUCAUCUGAGGUAGAGAAGGAGAAAGAAAAAGCUUCUGAUUUUCAAGUAUUUUCUGAUAAGGCAGAUGUAGAGUCUGAUGUCCUUAUUGAGAUCAAUGGCCAUUGCAAUAAUGAAAAGUUUGGAUCGAAUUUUACACCUCCUUUAUCCACCGAUCAUUUGAGCAGUUGCAUUUCCAUAGAUCAUCACCAAUCACAAUCAUCAAGUUCUGCCACCUUCUCACUUCCUGCUUUAAGGAGCGCAUUCUCUCACCUUAAGGUUUUAGGUCCCACUAAUUCUGAUCAACUACAGACUAGAAGUAUGAAUAUCCAAGCUUCUCAUGUUCAUGAUGAAAAUGAUGAUGGGAGUAUGGGGAACAUUAUGGAUACAGAUGCAUCUGCUUCAAUGGAUCUUCGUUGCAACGUGAAUGGUUCUUAUUUCUGCAAAUUUGCUAUUGAUCCACUUUGGCCACUUUGCAUGUAUGAGCUCCGGGGGAAAUGCAACAAUAAUGAAUGUACUUGGCAACAUUUUAGGGACUACUCUUGUGAAAAUAAUAUGAACACUACUUGCAAUAGCUCGGAUUUCAAGGAUGGAUCAGCAAUUCAUGGAGGGAAAUUUUGUGCCACUAAUUCUCUCACCAUGUCACUUGAUUGUCUACUAUUGGCUCCCCCAACUUAUCUGGUUGGCUUUAAUGUUCUCAAAACUGAUUUACACUCGUGUAAAUCUAUAGGGGCUCAAAGUUUUUCUGAGCACCAGCUGAAGUGUUACAGUGGCUUCUUGGUUCUUUCAAGUCUGCUUCCAACUGACCUGACUUCAAAAGAGCCAUUUUUGCAUGGCAGUGAAGCUCGUGUCGAGGUCCAUGGGGGUUGGAAUAGGCAGUUACUCUAUUUUCACAGCAGAAAUGGAACCUUGGUCGAAGGUGACCAUCUAUUUUCUGACAAUGACCGAUCCGUAGAAUUGGCUCUUCUUAGUCUCUGCCAGGAGGCUAAUAAAAGCAAAGGCCGAAUAGAGGCUCUUAAAGUGCUUUCUCGUGCUAUUGAAGCUGAUCCUACCUCAGCACUUCUCUGGAUUGUUUACUUGUUGAUUUACUAUAGCAAUCAAAAAUGCAUUGGAAAGGAUGACAUGUUCCAAUAUGCGGUUGAGCAUAAUGAAGAAGCAUAUGAACUCUGGGUUUUAUAUAUUAAUAGUCGGGAAAAGCUUGAUGAGCUGUUGACUGCAUAUGAUGCUGCAAUAUCUGCACUUUGCCGUCAUGCAUCUACUUCUAACAGAGACACCCUUUUUGCCAGUGAAUGCAUCUUGGACAUUGUUUUGCAGAUGAUGAAUUUUUUAUGCAUGUCUGGCAAUGCCAAAAAAGCUAUUGAGAAGAUCCAUGAGCUCUUUCCCACAACAAAGGGAUCUGACAAGGCAGACCAAUUGUUUCUCCCUGAUAUAGUUACGUGCUUAGCAAUUUCAGAUAAAUGUAUUUUCUGGGUGUGCUGUGUGUACAUGGUUGUGUAUAGGAGAUUGCCAAAUGCUAUAGUCAAACAGCUUGAAUGCCAGAAAGAACUUUCUGCUAUAGAGUGGUCAUCUACUCAGUUAACAGCUGAUGAGAAGCAGCAAGCAGUCUCCUUGAUGGAAUUGGCUGUAGAUUCUUUAGCAUUGUAUAUUGAUAGAGAAUCUCUUGAAGAUGAAUCAAAUCUAAGAGCAGCACAUCUCUUUGCUCUCAAUCAUGUUAGGUGUAUUGCAGUGCUUGAAGGCCUAGAGUGUAGUAGGAAUUUGCUGGAGAGAUAUAUCAAGCUUUACCCAUCUUGUUUGGAACUUGUUUUGAUGUCAGCUCGGCUAGAACAUGAUUUUUGUAAUUCGAGUUAUGAAGGAUUUGAAGAAGCUUUAGAUAACUGGCUGGAUGAAGUUCCUGGAGUCCAGUGUAUUUGGAAUCAGUAUGCUGAAUGUGCAUUCGGAGAUGGCAGACUGGAUGUUGUGAAGGAAGUAAUGGAUAGAUGGUUCCAGUCUUUAGAUAGAAUAGGCAGCAAGGGCUCCAAUGAUUCACCCCAGUUGGCUUCAGUCUCAGAUGUGCAUUCUUGGCUUUCUGGUUCUAGCCAGAAUGACAUUGUAUUCGGGCUACUCAAUUCUGCUAUCUAUAAGCUACUGCGAAAUGAUCAGACUGAAGCUCGGCAGGCUUUAGAUAGGGCAUUGGGUGCUGCUAAUCAUGAGAAUUAUAGUCACUGUGUGAGAGAGCUCAUCUUAUUCCUGACAGCAGAUAGCUUGCAAUGCAAUGAUUGUACUCGUGUUGGGAGCGCUUUACAAGUUCUGAGAGGCUACCUGUUUGAUACCCGUGCUUCCCUUGCCUCUGAACCAUUGUCCAGAAAGUUCAUCCAGAAUAUCAAGAAACCAGGACUCAAGCAACUAGCUGGAAAAUUGUUGAGCCCUGUUCCCUCGGACCCCUCGCUAGUAAACUCGAUUCUUGAAGUGUUGUUCGGUCCAUCUCUCUUACCUCACACGUAUAAUAAGUUGAGUGAUAUGGUAGACUUGGUUGAAAGUUUAAUGGAGAUUCUUCCUUCUAACUAUCACUUAGCAAUUUCUGUCUGCAAAUGGCUAAGCAGGGUAAGCAACACCACAUCUUUAUCUGCGAACGUUUCCUUUUGGGCGAGCUCUCUCUUGUCAAAUGCACUCUUGCAAGCCAUUCCUGUAGCAGCGGAGCACGUAUGGGUGGAAGCUGCAAAUCUUCUGCAUAGCAUGACAAAUUCCGUGGCCAUAUCCAUCAAUUUUCAUAGGAGAGCCUUAUCGAUAUAUCCAUUCUCGAUCAAGCUUUGGAAAUCUUAUGUCAACCUAUCUAUGGCCACAGGAGAUGCAGAGUCAGUGAAAGAAGCUGCAAGAGAGAAGGGUAUUGACCUGAAUUAACUACUAAUGUAGUGGAGCAAUGCCAGCUGAUUUUAACAUAUAGUGAAGCGAAACAAAUUUUGGUCAUUGUUUUGUUCGCGUUUGAUAGAUCAAUAUAGGUGGUAAACGGGAAAGGUAUAGACAUGACUGCAAAGAUGGUGGGUGUACGUACACAGGAAACAUAAAUAGCUAACAACUUGGGUAAUAUUUUGGAGACAGGCUCAAUCUCUCCAACUGUUCUCUCAUUGUCUGGAUAAUAAAGUGGUAAAAUUUGAGUCAGUUUUGUGUUUGCCUCGAAAUAUUGGAUUACUAAUGACUAGACCUGAUAUUAAACUUCA